AUGACUGCUCCCCACCGCUUUCCUGGGAAUGAGUGCUUCGUCCACAGCCAAACCGUGAACCGCAUGUGGCGCAAGAACCGACAGACACAACCGGGUAGUCCUUGUGUCGGUCGGGAUCUCAACCGGAACUGGGACGCGCACUGGAACAGCACAGGAGGUGCCGCGACCCGGCCCUGCCGGAGCACCUACCGUGGCGAGAAGCCCCUCGACGCGCCCGAGACGAGGGCGUUGGCGAAAGAGCUGGAAGCCAUCCAAGCCCGACAAGGCAUCAGACUGUUUAUAGACUGGCACGCCUUCGGACAGCUGGUCAUGUACCCCUACAGCCACACCUGCACGACGCACCUCCCGCCCUUCUCCACCACACGCUGGCUCGGCCACGAGCUGGCCGCCGCCAUGAGCGCCACCCACGGCACCCGCUACCGGGCCGGGGCGGCGUGCGAGCUGCUGGCGUACCGGGCGUCGGGCGACAGCGCCGACUGGGCGCUCGACGUGCUGGGCGCCGACCACGCCUACACGGUGGAGCUGCGCCCGGGCCUGCGCGGCCGCACGGGGGCGGCGGCGGCGGGGUUUCGGCUGCCGGAGAGGGAGAUCAGGGGGGUGGGGGAGGAGGCGUGGGAUGGGGUGAGGAGGGUGAUGGGGUUUGUGCUUCGUUAG